UGUCUCCACGCCACGAUCCCCCACAUCCCCUUUUGGCCUUUUCCCUCCUCUCCUCUCGCCGCCACCUGCUCUUGUUCUAUCGGUCUAUCCCUCCGCGUCGUCGGGCAUCUCACGACCGCCACGCCAAGUCAAAAAAGAUCGAGUAGCCAGUAGGUGGUAGUUGUGCACGACAGCACGAGGGAUGGUGGCCGUGCCUACCGCGGCGAUGGCGAGCUCGCUUCUCCUGCGGCCGCGCGCCUCCUUCCGGCGGACGCUCCCGCCGCCACCUCCUUCCAGCCGCCGGGCAUUGCCGGCCACGCUGCUCCAAGCCGCGAGCACCCAGCAGAAGCAGCCGGGCCUUUCGGCGAGAAGCUACGAGGGCGAGCGGCGGCAGCCGGCCGGGACGCGGCUCUACUCGCUGGCGCCCUACCCUCUCCUGCUCGCCGCGCUGCUGCCUGGAGCCGAGCCGGUGACGGCCGUGUUCGCGCCGUUCGUGGAGCUGGUGAAGACGUUGGACCUCCCCGGCUGGCUCGUGCACUGGGGCCACCCAGGCAACAUGGCUGUGGUGCUAUUUGCAAUGGGUGGCUACGGGACAUACCUCGGCUUCAGGAUCAAACUAUCAGAUGAUCCAGAAGAGAAGGCCAAGGCCAAAGAUCUCCAUCCGAAGCUCCUGGCCGGCAUGUUCUUCUUCUUCGCCCUCGGCGCUACAGGCGGUGUCACCGCUCUUCUUACCUCAGACAAACCAAUCUUUGAAAGUCCUCAUGCAGUAACUGGAGUCAUCGGCCUUGCACUCUUGACCAUUCAGUCUAUUCUUCCAAAAUUAUUCGAGGGGAACCCAGGGCUUAGGACUACACAUGGUCUACUCGGCAGUGGCAUCAUGACUCUGUUUCUAAUCCAUGCAGCAUUCGGCCUGCAGCUUGGGCUCAGUUUCUAACUUUUGGCUAGAAUAUCUUGGGGUUUGCUUCUUUCUGAUUGUUUUUGGAGAUUUAACCGACUCUUGUUAUUAUCACACGAGGCAUCCCCUUAUAAAGAAAAAUAAUGUAAGAGAAAGCAAAUUUAUUAUCCUUGUCUUUGUUCGUGAUUA